AUGAAAGCAGUGAUAUUCCAUGGUCCGGGCAAGGUCGCGGUCGAGGACCGGCCGAUCCCUAGACUCCAGGAUGACAGCGACAUUAUCGUCAAAGUUGACAAGACCGCGCUGUGUGGGAGUGAGCUUCACGUCUACCGAGGCCACCAACCAUCUGGAACCGGCUUCAUCAUGGGUCACGAAUUCACUGGACACGUUCACGAAGUCGGCUCGGCAGUCAAGACUGUGAGGGUUGGCGACCGCGUUGUUUCGCCUUUCACAACAUCAUGUGGCGAAUGCUUCUACUGCAAGGGUGGGUUCUCCUCACGAUGCACCAAGUGCAAGCUCUUGGGCUCGGUUGUUCUGGAUGGCGCACAGGCGCAAUACGUGCGUGUGCCAACAGCCGAUGGGACUGUCAUGAAGGCUCCUCCUAAUAUCAAAGACGAAGCUCUUGUCCUCAUGGCAGACAUCUUCCCAACAGGCAUGUUUGCGGCAAAGAAUGGCUUUAAGCACUCAACACCUGAGGAGAUCAAGGAGAGCACUGUAGUCCUGAUUGGCUGUGGCCCAGUCGCUCUCUGUGCUCUCUGCAACAUCACAGACUACAAGCCUAAACAUGUUCUUGCCGUCGACUCUGUAGCUUCGCGUCUCGAACUCGCCAAGUCUCUUGGUGCUGAGCCAUGGAACUUCCAAACUGAUCGCGAGGGCCUGGAUAAGCGUGUCAAGGAGCUCACCGACGGAAGGGGUGCUGAUAUCGUUAUCGAAGUUGUUGGCCUUUCACCCGCUUUGAGGAUGGGCUUCGAGCUAUUGAGGCCAUGGGGUGUCAUUUCGAGUGUCGGUGUUCACAACGCUGAGAUCCCCUGGACUGGCAACGAGGCGUACGGCAAGAACCUUAGAGUGCAGAUGGGACGUUGCCCAGUCAGGAGCAUUUUUGCUGAAGCACUUGAGAGUCUGGAGAGACAUCAGGACAAGCUUGGGUUCAUGGCAGACAAGAUCAUGCCCAUGAGCGAAGCAGUGGAAGGCUAUGACAUUUUUGACAAGAUGAAGGUGCAAAAGGUCGUUUUCGAGGCGCAGAAGUGA